ACGUUACCAAAAGAAAAAGGGCUUGAUAAUUAGUACUUAAGCAAAGCAAUGAGGUACCAACCAGUUCCCGGUGAACCUCCGCCUCCCCCAGAGUACGGGCAGCCGCCACCGCCACCUCCACCUCCACCAGAGUACGCGCCACCGCCACCUCCACCAGAGUAUGAGCCACCGCCGCCACCUCCACCGGAGUACGGGCGACCACCACCUCCCCCAGUGUAUGCGCCACCGCCGCCACCACCAGACUACCCUCCCCCUCGUCCUCCUCCUCCUGGCCCUCCACCACCUGGCUAUCAGGGUUACUUUUAUCCUCCGCCGCCGCCAACCACGACCCCACCACCGCGGCCUUCAGUACAAGACAAUGAUGGCCCUGACUGCGGUUCAGUCCUUAAAGGCUGUUUGGCUGCAAUUUGUUGCUGCUGGAUAUUGGACGCUUGCUGCCCUUAGGCCAUUACAUACUACAUACAUCUGCUCGACAAGCAAGCACAUUAACAAUAACAAUUGCACGGAGAUAAUUAAACAGGGGAGCGCUUUUAGGAUAUGAAACCCUUGUGCUUACUUUAUUUAUGCCCAAUAAAACUACCCAAAUUAGGGAUCUUAUCUUAGAUAACCUCAGUCCGAUUCAUACUUAAUAUAUUAUUUAUCAUCAUAAUAAUAAUAAUUUAUAUUGUUGAUUUCAAA